AUGGCGGAACCGGAAGAUCCCUGGGAAGAUGCGGGAGAUGAUCUUGACGUGCCGUCCAACGGUGGGACCAGCAGGGAUGGGCACCACGAGCGCACCAAUCUUCAUCUGAUAGACGUCAAGGCCAAGCUGGACAACCUUCGCAAGACGAUAGAAUCGGAAGGGAAACAUCGCCGCAUUGAAUUUGCGAUCCAGAACGCGAAAAUGGUAACUCGUGACUGGAUUGUGGGGUAUGGGACCCAGACUCUGUUCAAUGCCAACACCGACAACCUGGUGCAGCAGAUUCUGUUUGCAUUUCGCAUGGGGAAUGGGUAUGAUAUUGGGAAGUACUUUGCGUUUGAUGGGGCUGGAAAACCUGACCACUCGAAUGGAUCGACGGGGUACGAUAAGUUUCGAAUCAAACUCAAGCACAAGCUACAUUUGUUGCUGGGCCAAGAACCUAGGAUUGACACAGAGCCAGUGGAAGGAGGCAGGACGAUGGUAUUCUACAACUAG